UUUCGGUUUUCGGAUAUCCUUUCGGUUUUCGGUUCGGAUAAUUCGGAUAGGAGAAUUCAUUAUCCAUUCGGGUUUUGUGACUAUUCGGUUCGGAUUCGGAGCCGGAUUUUUCGGAUCGGUUUUCGGAUUUCGGGUUUUAUGCCUAGGCCUAAUUACAGUCCCAAACAUGACUAACCAAUUAGUCACCUUUCUAGAAAAUAUUUUCUAUUUUUUAUCAAAAUUUUGAAUACCCCAACAUGUUCUUAUAUAACCCCAUUUGAUGAAAUCGUGUUCCUCAUCCCACUUACAAACACAAAGAAAACAAAAAAAAAACGAAUUAGCUAAACGGCAAAACACAAACCACACGCUUUGCAAUGGCGAUCACACGCAACUCCUUUGCGAUUUGCCUACUCCUCUCGUUGGCCACCAUUGCCACUGCUGAUUAUUACGCUCCCUCAUCUCCUCCGUCUUACACUUCACCGGUUAAUAAACCCACGCUUCCACCUCCGGUUUACAUUCCACCGGUUCAAAAACCUACCCUUCCAUCUCCGGUUUACACUCCACCUGCCCACAGGCCUACACUCUCACCUCCGGUUUAUACUAAACCAACUCUACCUCCUCCGGCUUACACUCCACCGGUUUAUACUAAGCCAACUCUACCAGCUCCUGUCUACACUCCACCUGUUUACAAGCCUACACUUUCACCUCCUGUUUACACUAAGCCAACUCUCUCACCUCCGGUUUACAAGCCAACUCUCUCACCUCCGGUUUACACUAAGCCAACUCUCUCCCCUCCGGUUUACAAGCCUACACUCUCACCUCCGGUUUACACUAAGCCAACUCUCCAUCCUCCGGUCUACAAAAAGUCUCCAAGCUUUUCUCCUCCACCUCCAUAUGUACCAAAACCAACCUACACUCCACCCACCAAACCAUACGUCCCUGAGAUCAUUAAAGCCGUUGAUGGCAUCAUCUUAUGCAAAAACGGCUACGAAACCUACCCAUUUCAAGGAGCAAAAGCAAAGAUUGUGUGCUCCGAGAUGAUAUCAUACGGAAAGAACAAGAACGAGGUUGUGAUCUACAGCAACCCAACUGACUCUAAGGGAUAUUUCCACGUGGCGUUAACCCAUAUCAAGAACCUAUCUCACUGCCGUGUCAAACUCUACACAUCUCCGGUCGAAACUUGCAAGAACCCGACCAAUGUCAACAAGGGUCUCACCGGAGUUCUCUUAUCGAUGUACUCGGCCGACAAGAACUUGAAACUCUUUAACGUCGGUCCUUUCUACUUCACCGGUUCCAAGGCUGCUCCCGCCACUCCCAAAUACUAAUCAUCAUCACAUUAUUAUGAUGAUUAUCUUGCAUAGCAAUGUAUAUGUGAUCGCUUUAAUCAAUAUAUUGUUUGAAAUUCUAUUUCCCUCGAAUUGAAAAUGUUCUUGUUUUUUUGU